AUGAGUUCCCUCAGAAAUCUCUCAAAAUCUGCCAUUCGUGCAGCGUCGACAUCGACAGCCCAAACGACCAAGGCGGCUGGCGAUAUCUCAUCGGUGUUCCCCAGUCUGCAACCGGGAUAUCAACCGGAACCUCUGCCAUCUCGAUUCCAGGAGCUUAAACUAAGGCUAUUUGAGAAGAAUGCAAAGGCUUUAAAAGAGAGUUGGCAUAGACUUCUCCCAAGUUUGGAGGAGGAGGUAGAGAAGAUCAAGGCCAAAGAAAGUGAUAUCAUUCCAUCUGUGAAGUAUUCAGAUAUCGUGUCCGGCAAAGUCUCUGAGGCGACUUUGAAAGAGAUCCGCCAUCGAGGCAGCGUGGUCAUUCGAAACGUGCUCCCUCGGAAUACUGCCCUCGGUUAUAAACAACGAAUCCGUGAUUAUGUCGCCGCAAAUCAAGAGCGCGUCAAAGCAUUCCCACCGGAUUCACCCGCUGUUUAUGAACUGUAUUGGACUCCAUCACAAGCCGAAGCUCGAGCGAAUCCUAACGUGCUCGAGACACAGCGCUUCCUACAGCGGUUAUGGCACUCGUCGGACCCAAAGACAAAAAUUUCGACAUCGAACCCGCUCACAUACGCAGACCGACUGAGAAUCAGGAAUCCAGGAGAUGCCAAAUUUACUCUUGGUCCCCAUAUCGAUGGCGGGUCGCUCGAACGCUGGGAAGAUCCCGAGUACGCCAGUGUAUACAGCAAGAUUCUCAAGGGUAACUGGGAACAAUACGACCCUUGGGAUGCCAAGCAUCGUCUGUCGGCAAAGAUGGAUCUAUACAACGGUGCAGGUGCCUGUUCGAUGCUGCGUUUCUUUCAGGGAUGGCUCUCCAUGUCUGACACUGCACCCGGCGAGGGCUCGCUGCACCUCUGCCCCAUGGUUGUCCAUAGCACUGCCUAUACCAUCCUCCGGCCGUUCUUCAAUGCCCAAAGCCAGGAGCCCAACUUAGAUGCCAGCUUCCCCGGCUCUGUGCCAGGAGCCUGCCAGGAGUACAAUCCAGUGACACACCCUCACCUUCAGCUCGAGAAUACCAUGGUCCCAGUACCUCGAGUUGAGCCUGGUGAUUUUGUCGCUUGGCACUGUGAUUCGCUUCAUUCCGUAGACAAAGAGCACCGAGGCAAUGGAGACUCGAGUGUGAUGUACAUUCCGGCUACGCCCCUUUGCGACAUGAAUAUCGAAUACCUCCUAAAGCAGCGUCAGGCCGCUUUGACAUACUCUCCGCCGUGGGACUUUCCCGGCGCCGGUGGUGAUGGUGAAAAGGGAUUCCAGGGUGCAUUAGAAUGGGCCUCCAUAAAUCCAAAUGGACUGCGAGCUAUGGGUCUUGGCAAUAAACCUUGGGAGGCGACCGAGGCCAUGACUGAAGGCGAGAAACAGGCGGUGAAAUCAGCCAAUGAGAUGUGUUUCUGA